AUGCGCGUUUCGGAGAGCUUGUCGCUUCUGCUGGCCACGGCCGGCACCCAAAUCGCCGCCCAAAGCUUGACGACAACGAGCGCGGCCCCGACCAGCACAGCCACGCCAGAGAGUCCAGAGACGGGCCAACUCGGAGACGCCACAGUAGUCAACAACAACCCUGUUGGUGUUGUGUACAAGGCUACUCUACCCGAGUCUGCCUUCUUCAAACCCGCCUACCCCGACGGCGGUAACAUCGAGGGCGAGAUCACGGCAGUGGCCAACCCUGACGGAAGGGGUGUGCUCUUCACCCUGAAACUCAGCAACCUGCCCAAGAUUGGCGAACCCCUCCCCUACCACCUUCACGUGGCCCCUGUGCCGGAGAACGGCAACUGCACGGCGACUCUUGCGCAUCUCGACCCCUUCAUCCGCGGCGAGGCGACGCCCUGCGAUGCCGACCACCCCGAGACGUGCCAGGUGGGCGACCUGAGCGGCAAGUACGGCGCCAUCUCGACCGAUGAGGACACGUGGGAGGACUCGUACGUCGAUCUGUACGCGUCGACGCUCGAGGGCAUCGGAGCCUUCUUUGGCAACCGCAGCAUUGUCAUCCACUACCCCAACAAGACGAGAAUCACCUGCGCCAACUUUGAGAAGGUGGAAGGUGAUGAGAGCGGCACCACCACCACCAGCACCGUGGUGCUACCGACAUUCACCUCGGCCAACGUCACUGUCGCCCCGACCGGCGGCAGCCCCAUUCCGCCUACUACCCCGCCCGCGCCGACAACGACUGCGCCGGUCAUUGGCGCCGCGGCGGGCUUGAAGGUCGGAAUUGCGGGCGCUGUCGCCUUUGGCGCGGCGAUGGUGUUCAUGCUCCUCCCGUUGCGGGCCUGGUAUUUUGCCAGGGCCAGGGUCGUGGGUUUUGACAGCUGA